CAUUUCCUGAAAGCAAUUAUAUAAUUAAGAACUGAUGUUUGCAUUCCUGUGUUUAGAGACUUUGAUUCUAAUACAAAUUGUCUCUGAUAGCUGCAGGAAUAGAGAAGGAGACAAUGAGGGGAGAUGGAAACUGUAUAAAAGCACCUAUUAAUGUGUGAAGUGACAGAAGUUCUGGGCUGACGUGAAGCUGAGCUGCUGCCACUGUGCCACAGCACGCAUCUUCAGAUUUUAUCAGCGCUGAAACUGCUGAUAAGACUUUAAUAACCUGAGAGAGCUGUGCUGUAGAUGGACUGCACUGAUAGCAGGAAUCUCCCUUAUCACUUCCUCCGCUGCUUAUCUGAUCCCACAUCAGAUCUGAUGGUCACACAGCUUCUUAUAUAGAGCUGAUGUGCGAGCAGCGAUGAUCAGAACCGGACCGGGCCACAGCGGAGACAACAUGCAGCUGCUGACACGCUCGUUCCAGAUGCUGCUGGUGUUCUGCAGUGCAUUGUGGGUCGCCUCCUCAGAGGAACAGGUUCCUCCUGCGUUGUGUGACUCCGUGCUGGUGUUCUCCUCGGAUGUUUCCUCAUCGGAAGGAAGAGGGAGCAUCAACCUGAGGUCUCUGUCUCCCUGGACCUGGAGGACCACCACGGUGAAGAACCAGAUUCCCUCCACUAUCUGGGAGGCCAACUGCACCAGCGAGUUCUGCUCCGCUCCGAAACCGGGCCAGGCAGGAAAUCACAAUCUCAACUCGGUUCCCAUCUACCAGAACAUACUGGUUCUGACCCGGAUGAGCAACCGCUGCUACUCUGCCUCAUACCGGUCCGUGGCUGUCGGCUGUACCUGCGUCAGGGCCACCACUGACCAGAACUAAAUCAGCAAAAAACAGAACCAGAACCUCCAACUGGGCUGGGAGAAAAACUGAAUUACCACCAGAUGUUGAAUUUCAGUCAGAACCGGACCCAGAAACUGACUUUAAUCCUGAACUUAGUCCAGAACCCGAACCUUGCCUGGAAAUUAAACCCAAACCUUGGGUUUAAUCUUUCUUAACGCUUUGACCCGGUUUCAUGGUGUCUUUGUUUCUGUGAAGGUUCAGUCCUUCAGGUCCUGCUUGGUUCUACCUACAGUUCUGCUGGUUCCGCUCGCCUGGUUCCACCCUCCUUGUUUUCCCUCUGAGAUCCAUCCUGCACCUUUGAGUUUCCAUGGUUCUGCUGGGUUCUGGUCCUGCUGAAGAUUGGACUCCAGUCAGCAACAUCUGGGUCGGAACGUGUCACUGAUGGGGUAGAUUAUGGACUCCUGCAGAACCUCCAUGCUCUACCAUGUUAACCUGGUUCUGGUUCUGCUCUAACACGUUAACCUGGUUCUG